AUGGCAACGACAAUCGAAAUCCAUGUUGAUGUGACAAAAUAUUUCAUACAAGUUAUUGACAAUGGAAUUGGAAUUCCACCAAGUGACAUGGAUAAGCUUGGUCAACGACACGCCACUUCAAAAUGUCAGACAUUGGAAGACUUGGCCCGUAUAAAGACAUAUGGGUUUCGCGGAGAAGCACUGGCAAGCUUGGCUGAAGUCUCAAUAAUGGAAAUAAUUAGCAAGCAUUCUGAUUAUUACGAUACUUACUGUGUCAUAAUCAAGGGUGGGCUUCGUCUUCAAUUAGGUCCAACUCGAAAUAGCGAACGAGCAAAACCAGGAACUAUCGCAAUUAUUCGUGAUUUAUUCUAUACGUAUCCGGUUCGUAGAAAACAGCAAUCUGUUAAUACACUCGCGAACGAACUAGAGAAUGUUAAAAAAGCUGUUGAAAUACUAGCAUUAAUAAACCCUCAAGUGGCAUUUACUCUGGUUGACGCGUCAAUGGAUAGUAAAAUAGUUAAUACGAGGAAGACUUCAUCACCUAUUCCUAUUAUUUCUACAUUCCGGCAGCUUUACGGCGCUUCUUUAGCACAGAAUCUUGAAUCGGUUUAUGCAGAAGAAGACGACAUUAGGAUUGAUGGAUUCUUUUCAUUAAAAGGCUUACAUAUAAAGUUGUAUAAACUAAUCGAUGAUUUAUUUAACCAAAGUAACUUUGGAAAAAAGCCAAAUGAUGAUUUGAUUUCAAAAUCGAAAACUGAAUUUUCAGGCAAAUCGAGGAAGAAUGUAUUAACAAAGUCGUUGGAAAAAUAUCCUAUUUUCUUUAUUCAUAUUACUUGCCCAACGGAGAAUUAUGAUAUAUCUUUGGAUCCAGCUAAGAAUAUAAUAGAAUUCGAGAACUGGCCAAAAAUCUUAGAUCUUUUAUCCGGUCUUGUGACUCAAUUUUUAUUAUGUCAUGGGUUUUUAACGCAAGAUAUAGUGACGUCAAACGUGAAGAAUUUUACCGAUACAACAAAUAAUCAUAAAAAGUCAAGAAUUAGACCCGGGCACAAUUUACCAUUGUCAUUUGAGGACAUAACACAUAUAAAAAGUGGUGGAAAGAAACAGUAUGUUUUUAGAGAUGAGGAACUGAAAGCUGGUCUAUCGAUACCUAAAAAUACGAAAGAUUCUGAAAAUAUUUUGGCUACUUCAAAAAAGACUGUGAAAAUAAGAGAAAAUGAAUAUACAAAGUGGACAGAGCCUCACACCACUGGCGGAUCACACGCAACACCGUGGGCAAAAAAUGCAUUAGAGAAAUGGGUUAAUCCUGUUUUUCAAAGUUAUGAAGCACCAAUUCCCUUGUUAAGACACAUAUCGACGUGCAAUAAACAAUCGUCUGUAAGGAGUAGCUUUUUUCCUUGUAAUAAUUUUGCACAGUCAUGUUUUGUUGAGCAUCGUUUCAGCAAGAAAGAUUUCGCUCAGGCUCAAGUCAUUGGUCAAGCUGAUGAUAAGUUUAUCGUUUGCAAACUAUCAUAUUCACGAGUGGUCGAGUCGGAUAAUAAGAACUUCACUCAGCAACAGAUAUUGGUUUUGGUUGAUCAACAUGCAGCAGACGAACGUGUACGUGUUGAAAUGCUAAUGAAAAAGUUUUGUGAUUUUAAGAACAAGGAACAGAUACAAAAUGAGAAUAACAACGAAAUUCAUCAAAUAAAUUCCCUUGUCGAAACAAUUCAAAUAAAUCCUCCCAAUAAAAUAAUUUUAACGGAACGGGAGGUUCGAGUUUUGAAAAGAUUCGAAGCUAAUUUUAAUAGUUGGGGAAUCUUUUUUAGCGAUAAUAUUGAUACAAAACAGGAUAAUCCAUCACUUUCGUUGGUGUCUCCACACUUUAUCACAUCGUCAAAUGAUGAUGACCAUAUCCCUAUUUAUGUUACCCAUCUUCCUAAAAUGAUUGCUGACCGUUGUGUAUUUGAUUCACGAGUAACGCAAGAACUCCUACGCCAACAUUUGUAUUGGUUGGAAGACACUGGUGGAAUUGGUAUUAAUAAUUUAGGCGAAAAGAGUCUCGACACCAAUGAACAAAGUGAUUGGAAAACAAUGAUAAGACAAUGCCCGAGAGGAAUAAUUGAUAUAUUGAAUUCGAAGGCUUGUCGAGGUGCAAUCAAAUUCAAUGACAAACUGACACUAAAUCAAUGUCAAGAAUUAAUAUCAGAACUUGCGUUCUGCGAUUUUCCAUUUCAAUGCGCGCAUGGCAGGCCUUCCAUGAUUCCCAUUAUAUAUUUAGAUGAAUUUGCAAAAACUACACAAACCUCUUGUCGUUAUGAAUCACAGCUUAAACAUAGAUUAUAUAAAACAAUCAAACAAUCAGAAAACAUUUUUGAUCAACCUGUAAAUUUUAGUUGGAGAAGACGCAAAAUUAAUUUGGAGCAGUUUCGAAAAUAA